UUCUCUUCAACUCAACCUUAAUUAAUUUCAGUCCUCAAUUUCUAUAUUCAUUAUUUCAUCCAAUUUCUAAUCCUCCAAUAAAAUAGAGUUACUUAUUACUUGAAGUUGAAACAAUAAUCCAUAAUAAUAUUUCUAUUUCAUUCAACAUAUAAUUAAGAUGUCAAUGACAAUAGAGAUAACUAUUCUAUCUGCAGAAAAUCUACACGAGAACAAAAAGGCCAUAAAAGGAAACACAUUCGUCACGGUUCAAUGCGACGGAAGCAACGACGAAGCGAGUACCACCAAGCUUGAUUCGGAAGGCGGGAGUUACCCUAGAUGGAAUGAGAAGUUAGUGAUGAAUGUGCCAAUGCAUGCAAGGUUCGUAACAAUAGAUGUGAGAUACAAAACAAGAGGAACUAGUAGUAGUAGUGUUGGAAUGGCUAGAAUACCUAUUUCUGAUUUCAUUGGAGGUUAUGUGCAUGAAAACCAAUUGCAGUUUUUGAGUUAUAGGUUGUGGGAUAAUAGAGUUAGGAGAAAUGGAGUUGUAAAUAUUUCAGCUAGGGUAAAAGUGUCUCAACAAAAUUCUUGUUCUAAUUCGAUGCUAUCGAAGGGGAAUGGAGUUCCGGUAACUGGUGUUCCGGUGGCCGGUAAUGGCUCCAAGAGAGUUGUAACCGGAAUUCCAGCUGUUUGGUUAAACUACCAAAGAAACGUUUGAAGGGAGCUUUGUCAUCACUGUGUAUUAAAGAAGAAAGUAUGCAUUUUCAUAGACAAUACACGUGGGAAUUAUUGUAUACAUGUCUCAAUUUUUUAUAUUUAUUUUAUGGCCACCUCCUUACAUCUUA